AUGUCGUUUGACCCCAAGAACGAUAUCCCAGAUCUAUCUGGCAAAGUCAUCAUCGUUACCGGCGGCAGCAGUGGACUCGGCAAAGAGAGUGCCCUCCAGCUCGCAAAACACAAUCCCGCAACAAUCUUUGUCACUGCCAGAACGGAGAAGCGUGGCAGUGCCGCCAUCAAGGAGAUUCAGGAUGCCGCCCCAAACUUCAAGGGCCAGAUCAAGUUUCUAGAGUUGGACCUGUCGUCCUUUGCGUCAAUUCAGAAAGGCGCCACCGCUUUCCUUGGCCAGUCUGAUCGCCUCGAUAUCUUGAUGAACAACGCUGGCUUGAUGGCAACCCCUGCUGGACUUACAGCUGACGGCUACGAAAUCCAGUUUGGAUCCAAUUACAUGGGACCUGCCCUGUUCACCAAGCUACUUCUCCCAACCAUCGUCAAAACGGCUGAACAACACGGUGGAGAUGCUCGAGUUGUCAACUUGAGCUCCGAGCUCUUUAAGCAAGCGCCAAAGGAAGGAGUCCUUCUUUCUCAGUGCAAAACUCCCCUCAACAACAUAUCCAGCUUGGCUCGCUAUGGCCAGUCCAAGCUCGCAGACUACUAUCACACCCGUGCCCUGAGCAAGUUCUACCCUACCGUCAAGUUUGUCGCCAUUCACCCAGGAGUUGUCAACACGGGCCUGUUUGAUGACUUCAGAAAGAGGCGGCCUUGGCUUGGCGGCUUGAUCAGUGUGAUUGGGUCUAUUUUCCUGACAGAUGUUCAUGCUGGCGCAAAGGCUCAACUGUGGGCGAGCACGACCAAGUCACAGAAUGUCAGGAGCGGUGGUUUCUAUAACCAGAAGCUCAAGGAGUAUAAAGAUGCGGUUUUGAAUGAUGAGAAGGCUGUUGAAGAGUUGUGGGACUGGACUGAGAAGGAGUUUGCGAGCAAGGGCUUUAAGUGA